AUGGGCUAUAUGGGGGCGAACUUACGAGCCAAUUGCACCCAAGAACAAGAUCAACGGCGCGGUGAACUCACUCACCUCAUAGACCACCCACACUCUGAUUUAUCGCCAGAACUAUCCACUCACCUCCGCACAACGACCAGCACGAGCGGCAAAGCUCUGAAUGCUCCCAUCAUUGUUGCGGAUACACGUGUUGUCUCUCCGGCGCUAAACAUCCCACAGGCGUCAGAUCAUACACCCCUUGGUGAUACUGCACGAUUCGAGCACUGGCGAACGACAACAGGCAGCCUGGGAGCCAUCUAUGGAGGGGCCACAUGGAGAAUUGGGACCCCAGCAGAACUGGAUAUCAAGAGAAGAUAA